UGGAGUGCAGAACAAACACACAGUCACUUGAAGGUAUGACUCCAGUAUCCGCUGAGAGAGACACUGAGAAAACUCUCACCAUGAAGACCCUCCUGCUGUUGGCAGUGAUCGUGGCCUUUGGCCCACUGCGGGUCCACGGGGGUUUGCUGCAUUUAGGGGAAAUGAUCGCGUUGAUGACAGGAAAGGAAGUUGUGACCACUUAUGCCUUCUAUGGUUGCUAUUGUGGCUUGGGCGGUGAAGGAUCCCCCGUGGAUGAGACGGAUUGGUGCUGUGCUGACCACGACUGCUGCUACACCCGUCUGGAGAAACUGGGGUGUGGCACCAAAUUUCUGAGCUACAGGUUUAACUAUAAUGGGAGCGAAAUCACCUGUGAAAACCAGGAUGCGUGCAAGAAUCAACUGUGUGACUGUGAUAAAAAUCUUUCCUACUGUUUGGCUAGAAACAAGGAGACCUAUAAUGACACGUACCGGUUCUAUCCCACCGACAAGUGCAGCGGGAGCAGCCUCCCUUGCUAAAUGCCCUCUUCCCUGGAAGCCUUGCAACCCAAUGCUGACCUUCCUUCUCUCACACGCCCCCUCCCUUAGCCGAGUUCCCUGGCAAUGAACACAACAUCCCUCUCCCAACCUAGAGGCCAGGCAGGAGCUCUUCUAUCCCUACCCAGAAUGACACGCCCGAAGCCUGGUCAUGUGUAACUGGGGUCCUGUCCCCCGCCUUCCCUGGGCAGCAGGAGAUUUCCAGACUUCCACCUCUCUCCUCCAGCGCAACUCCCUGCUUAGCAGUAGCAGCUACACCCCUGGGGUUCUCUC